AGCUGCCCCAGGGUAAGCAUGGAGUAGACAGAGUUGGAUUUCAUCAAGAUUAGUGGAUUUGCCAGAGGAUGAUUCAUGGUGAUGGCUUGCAGGGUCAUGAACGAAAGAAGGCACAUGGGACUUCAACAACUUGCAUCAUUUGCAGAAACAGGAAGAACUUUCCUGGGCCCAGUAAAAUCAUCUAAAUUUAUUAUAGAUGAAGAGCGUCAUGAAAGUGUAUUAAUCAGUUCAACAGUAAGGCUUCUUGAAAGUUUGGAUUUAACCAGUGCAGUGGGACAGCUUCUCAGUGAAGCAGUUCAAGCACAAAAUAACACAUACAGAACUGGUACCAAUACUCUUUUGUUUCUUGUUGGAGCAUGGAGCAGUGCUGCUGAAGAAUGUCUUCAUUUGGGUGUCCCCAUUUCAUUAAUAGUGUCUGUAAUGUCAGAAGGCUUGGACUCUUGUAUUGAAGAAGUAGUUUCCCUUCAAGUCCCUGUCUACAAUGUAUUUGACCAUAUGGACAACACAAAGACAUUUUCUGGAUUUGAAACAUUUAGUGUCAGUUUGGGCCCUUUUCACCAAAUCCCUUCAGAUGCUGGUUUGAUACAGAAAAAGCAUAAUCUCAAAGAUGUUGCCUCUCAGUCAUUGACCAUUUACAAUCUUUCUGGGAGACCUGUUAAAUCACCUAAACUCUUUAGGCAUCAGGCUAAGGUUGAAGUAGAUAAAGACACAUCACAAACCCCUCAAACUCUGAAAAACAGUCUGCUUGCAGACACCUGCUGCAGAAAGUCAAUACUAAUCCACAGUAGGCAUUUUAAUAGGACAGAUAACAAUCAACAGAUGAGCAAACCAGAUGGAUUUCUAGAACAACAUGGUGCAGCUACUCCCACAACUUACAGAUGUAAUGAUUUGGUAGAGUUGGAGAUGGGUUUGAGUCAUGGAGAUCACAGCAGCAUGAAAUUAGUAGACGAUGCAAUACGACUGCAAUAUCAGAAUGCAAGUAUGCAACAGGGAAACCGUACGAUGCCGUUUAUGUUUGACAUUUCAAGAAUCUUCACUUACUGCUUACCAGGUUUACCUGAAGCGUUUUCUUGUGUCUGUCCAGGAUAUAUCACUGUUACAUCAAUAUCUAGUACUACUCUGAUCAAGGAAUUGCAGAAUCAGCCUGUCCGGGUAGUUCUUAUUGAGGGUGACCUCACAGAGAAUUAUCGCCACCUGGGAUUUAAUAAGUCUGCAAAUAUUAAAACAGUAUUAGAAAACACGAAGGUUCAACAAGACAGCUCAGAAGAACUGUGGAUAACUCAUGUAUUGCAGGUAUUAAGUAAGUUCAACGUGAACCUUGUCCUGGCACAAGGAAAUGUAUCUGACCACUUAAUUGAAAAAUGCAUACACAGUAAGCGGUUGGUAAUUGGGUCGGUGAAUGGCAAUGUGAUGCAGGCUUUUGCAGAGGCUUCAGGAGCCGUACAGGUGGCCUAUGUUACACAAGUGAAUGAAAACUGUGUGGGUAAUGGGGUCCAUGUGACCUUCUGGGGAAGCAUUCCCUUGGAUGUUGUAGAUAUGGUUGACAGAAUGACAAUCAUGUUAAACACAGAAGGAAUUAAUUUGGUAACGGUAGUGCUCACCAGCCCAGUCACUGCACACAUGCAAGCCAAAGAAGAUAGAUUCUGGACUUGUGCCUAUCGUCUGUAUUAUGCUCUAAAAGAGCAAAAGGUCUUCCUUGGAGGUGGUGCAGUUGAAUUUUUGUGUCUUAGCCAUCUUCAGAUUCUCGCAGAGCAAUCUCUGAAUAAAAGGAACCAAGUGUGUUCAGGAUGGCUUCGUAAUACUUCCUCUUGGCUGGCCUCAUCUCUGGCACUAUACAGACCGACUGUCCUUAAAUGCCUGGCCAGUGGAUGGCACAGAUACCUUUCAACUCUCAUAUAUAACACUGCCAGUUACUCCUCAGAAUUUGAAGCCAGCACGUUCAUUCAACAUCAUCUACGAAAUGCCGUAGACUCUGGCUCUCCUUCAUCUUACAUCUUGAAUGAAUAUAGUAAACUAAAUAGUGGAAUUUUCAAUUCAGGCAUUUCAAAUAAACUGGAACAGAUUGCAAGAGUUUAUGACAUUGUUACACCAAAGAUUGAGGCGUGGCGCCGAGCUUUGGAUUUAGUACUGUUAGUACUUCAGACAGACAGUGAAAUUAUUACUGGACUUGGACACACACAGAUAAAUUCACAGGUAUCAGAGGGCUUUUUAUUUUUGUAGUGUUAUGGGCUAAGUCUUUGGAAAAUAAUCUUUUGUAAUAUAUCAUGCUAAUAAUAAAUUUUCUACUGGCCAAGUCAUAGUGUCUAAAAUGUCAGCUAUUACCAGAAAGAAAAUCAUUGAUAUCUGUCAAUAACUGUGCAGGGUCCAAGAUUUCACCCUACUUACAAGCCGACAAGUUAGCCUGUUACUGUUACAUGGGAUGCUAUAGAAUACAUGAGAACUUGGGUCAGAGACAAAGAACUUUUAUUAUUCACAGCAAAAGCAGUAGCCAGAGCUUUGUGUUGGUUUUUGUCAGUUCCCCAUUUCUCAAAGUCCUACAAAAGCAACACAAAGGGCCAAUGAUGGAAGCCUGCACACACAGUGGGUUGUGUUACUGGAGAGGAACACUGAGCUUGGGAUAUUCACUGCUUUUAUAGUAAGCAGAAACAAUCCUGUUCUUUGCCCAAGGGGAGUCGUUACCUCAUGCCUUAGGGUUGCUCAGUGUAAACACAAGCCUGAGACAUGGACUAGGUAAAGGUAGGUCAGGUCAUUGCAUUCAUGGCAUACCCAGAAAGUAUGCAGUGUCACUCAGAGCCCAUGAUGGACAGCCUCUUCCAAGAGUUCACUCCUUAACCUGACAUGUUCUUGGCCAAACUUGAAUUUUCAUGCCACUCUAUUGGCUACUUUGAUUAGUCUGACAAACAGGUUGUUUAGUCAAUACCAAAUCCAUGCAAUUGGUCUCAUAUAGCAAUUAAUUAAGGCUACUAUCAACAGACUCUUGAGCAGGAGGAUGAAGCCAGUCUGCAGUAUUGACCUCAGUCAUGUCCCCCAGGGUCUUGAAUUUAGUCAACUGUAAAUUCCAGGGGGGUACCAGUAGGUCUUUUAUUAGCCAGAAUGUAGUCUAAGACCAAUUUAUUUUCCAUUAUCACUCACGCAAGGGAGCUUUGACUGAC